AUGGAUUUGGAAGGUCAACAUCUAUAUCAAAAAAGGUUAUUUUCCUUCUUAAUUCCAAAAGAAGUUCCUCCACCUACUACCACAUAUUAUGAAGAAGGAAAUUUAUUUAGUAAAAUUUUCUUCACCUGGGUUUUCCCAAUUUUAAGAAUUGGAUAUCAAAGGACUAUCACCAAAGAAGAUCUAUUCGAGAUAACUAAUGACCUCAAAGUAGAAGAAAUGUAUAAGACAUUCGAGAGGAAUUUGAUUAAAAGACAAAAAGGAAAUCAUUCGUCAUAUUCAUUGUUAUUUGCUUUAUUAGAGACUUUCAGAUAUCAAUACGCCUUAUCGAUUAUUUGCAUUGUUUUAUGUGAUGCAGGUAAUUCUUGUAUACCAUUGGCAACCAGAAAAUUGAUUGAAUAUGUAGGUUUAAAAGCAUCUGGAGUCGAAACUGGAAUAGGAAAAGGUGUAGGUUACGCCAUUGGGUGUACUGCUUCAGUUACUGUUUGUUAUAUACUUGGAAAUUUGUACAUGUACUAUGCUGGAAUGACAGGUUCUCAAGCCAAAUCUAUUUUAACUAAAUUCUUGAUCAAGAAAGCUUUUGUAGCCGAUGACUUAUCCAAGCAUGAGUAUCCUGUAUCAAAAUUGACCACUUUCAUGGCUACUGAUUUAUCAAAAAUUGAUUUGGCUUUCAACUUAGCACCAUUUUUGUUUUCAUUCGUUCCUGCAUUCGCUAUUGCUGUUGCCAUAUUGGCCGUCAAUAUCGGAGCUCCAAUGGCUGUUGGUCUUGGGGUUAUAAUUUUGUUUUGUAUUGCCAGUGCCAUAUUGACAACUUUGAUGAUCAAAUUAAGAAUUGCUUCAUUGGUCUUCACUGACAGAAGAGUAAGUUACAUCAAAGAAGUUGUGGAUAAUUUGAAAAUCAUCAAAUUGUAUUCUUGGGAAGAACCUUAUUCCGAAAACAUCAAGAAGGCUAGAACCCAAGAAACAAGGAGGUUGUAUAAACUUCAAUUCUAUAGGAACAAUUUGAUAGCUAUUGCUAUUUCAUUAUCGUUAUUUGCAUCUAUGGCCAGUUUCUUGGUUCUUCACGCAAUUGAUGGAGAUAACGAUCCAGCAAGAAUCUUUGCAUCUGUCAGUUUAUUCGGUUUAUUGGGAUUCUUCAUUAUCAACGUUCCCAUGGCAGUUAGUUGUGUUGCUGACGGUAUCAUUUCUUUGAAGAGAGUCAGUGGAUUUUUGAAAUCUGGUGAAGCAGAAGACCCAGAAAAAGAUUCAGAUACUGAAUCUUAUGGAUUAGAUGAAAAACUUGCUAUUCAAGUUGUGAAUGGAGAAUUCAUAUGGAGGUCUUUUGCUAACGAAAACAACGAAUCACCUAAAGAAGAAGGAAAAAAAGAAUCAGGGAAUGCUGUAGAAUCUGAAAAGCCUGAACCAACCAAUGAUAACAGGGGAUCUAAAUUAUUCAAAUUGAAAGACAUCAAUUUAACCAUCAGAAAAGGUGAAUUCAUCAUUGUCACUGGAAUGAUUGGGUCAGGUAAAUCUUCAUUACUUCAAUCCAUCGCAGGGUUUAUGACCAAAACUGAAGGGUCCAUCGACCUGAAUGGCUCGCUAUUAUUAUGUGGUCAACCAUGGGUACAGAAUGAAACACUUAGGAAUAAUAUUAUUUUCGGCAAUUCUUUUGAUGAAGACCUUUACAAAAAAGCUAUCUUUGCUUGUGAGUUGAACAACGAUUUCGAUACUUUACCUGCAGGCGACAACACUGAAGUGGGUGAAAGAGGUAUUACAUUAUCUGGAGGUCAAAAAGCUAGAGUCAAUUUAUGUCGUGCUGUGUAUAACAAUCCUGACAUUAUCUUGUUGGACGAUGUUUUGAGUGCUGUUGAUGCAAGAGUUGGUAAACAUAUAAUGGAUCAUUGUAUUACAGGAUUAUUGAAGGACAAGACCAGAAUAUUAGCCACUCAUCAAUUGUCGUUCUUGGAUUAUGCAGAUAGAAUUGUGUUUUUGAAUGAAGAUGGAACUAUUCAAGUAGGUACAGUUGACGAAUUACAGAAUAACGAACAAUUUGUCAAUUUAAUGUCCCAUAAUUCCAAAGCCAUCUCUAAUGAAGAAGCAGAAGAGUUAGAUUCUGAUGAAAUUGAAGAAAUUGAAGUUGAACAAACCACAAAAUCCGAAGCCAAAGAUCUUGUGGAUGGAAAAUUGGUAGAGGAAGAAAAUAGAGCUAUCAAUUCCAUCACUUGGGACAUUUACCAUAAGUAUUUGAUGUUGGGAUCCAAACCUUUUCCUGUUCCUAUAUUCCUAUUACUUAUCCUCCUUACCAUCAGUCUUUCUACUUUCACUCAGUUGUUUACCAAUGUUUGGUUAUCUUUCUGGACAGAAUCAAAAUUUGAUAAAUCCGAUAAUUUUUAUAUCGCUAUUUAUGUGGUUGUCACCGUAAUGUCAUUGGUAUUGUUAAUCUUACAAUUCUUAUGUUACAUUCAUUUGACUAAUUUAGCUUCUAGAAAUUUGAAUUUGAAAGCCAUCAAUAUGUUACUUGGGGCUCCUAUGAGUUAUCUUGAUGUUACACCAAUUGGAAGAAUUUUGAAUAGAUUCACCAAAGAUACUGAUGCCUUGGACAAUGAAAUUGUUGAACAAGUAAGAUUAUUUGCCUUCUCUUUAGCCAACAUCGUAGGUACACUUAUCUUGUGUGUGAUUUAUAUCCCAUGGUUUGCCAUUGCUAUACCCAUCAUGACACUUAUCUUCUUAUUUGUCGGUAGUUAUUAUCAAGCAUCCAGUAGAGAAAUCAAGAGGUUAGAAGCUGUCCAAAGAUCAUUAGUUCAUAACAAUUUCAACGAAUCCUUGACUGGUAUGGAUACCAUCAAGGCCUAUAAUGAUGUUGAUAGAUUCAUUCAAAAGAAUGACUUCUUAAUUGAUAGAAUGAAUGAAGCCAACUUCUUAGUCAAUGCCAUUCAAAGAUGGUUAGGUACUCAAUUAAAUCUAAUAUCGUUUGGAAUUGUUUUAAUUAUAAGUUUACUUUGUGUAUUCAGAGUUUUCAAUAUUUCUGCUGCCAGUGUUGGUUUGUUAAUCACUUAUACUUUUGGAUUACCCAAUAUGUUGGUUUUAAUUGUAAAAAGUUAUACCCAAUUGGAAAAUGAAAUGAAUUCAGUAGAAAGAAUGUGUGAAUUUGCAUUCGAAAUCCCCCAAGAAGCUGCUUACAGAAUUAACGAGACAAGACCCAAUAAUUGGCCUUCAAGAGGUAAUAUUGAGUUCCACAAUGUUAAGAUGAGAUAUAGAUCGAACUUGCCUCUAACUUUGAAAGAUAUUAGUUUCAGUGUAAAGGGAGGUGAAAAAAUUGGAAUUGUUGGUAGAACAGGUGCAGGUAAAACUUCAUUAACAGCUGUUUUAUACAGAUUGGUUGAAUUUGAAGGUGAUAUCAUGAUAGAUGAUGUAAGAAUCUCCGAUUUGGGAUUAAAUGAUUUAAGAUCAAAACUUUCAAUCAUCCCCCAAGAAAGUAUCUUAUUCAGAGGUACCAUAAGGAGAAACUUGGAUCCUUUCGAUGAAAAGACAGACGACGAAUUAUGGAAGGCUUUGAUUACAUCAGGUUUAGUAGACCAAAGAGUAGGAACUGAUCACAAAUUCCAUCUUGAUGCAUCAGUGGAGGACAAUGGUAGUAAUUUCUCCUUAGGAGAGAAACAAUUAAUUGCUUUCUGUAGAGCUUUGAUUAGACAAUCUAAGAUUUUAGUUCUUGAUGAAGCUACUUCUUCUGUCGAUUACAAAACAGACAAAUUCAUCCAAGACACUUUGAAAACUGAGUUCAAUGAUGUAACUGUCUUAUGUAUAGCCCAUAGAUUGACUACCAUUUUGAAGUAUGAUAAAAUUUUGGUUAUGGAUGAUGGUAAUGUUGCAGAGUUCGAUACUCCAAUCAACUUAUUCAGAAACAAAUCUUCAAUCUUCCGCCAAUUGUGUGAAAGAGCUAAAAUCACCAGUCAAGAUUUUUAA